AAAUGUAUCCAAAUACAACUACUGUUUCUCCGAUUAUCCAUUCCCGGAGGAUACUCCGGACUUCCCCCACAACACUGACAUGGCCAAGUACAUUCAGGACUACUGCCAGAAAUUUGAUGUCUACAAACAUAUACAUUUUAAUCGGAAAGUGCUGAUGGUUGAAAGGCUAGGGAAGGAAUGGAAGGUCACUUCCAAGGAAGUUAGUGAAGACGGAAUGACUUUAAAAUCAAUCAACAAACCAGAGGUAUUCAUUUCCAAGUUUCUUACUAUAGCUACAGGGCAUCAUGCUAAGCCUAGCUUACCCAAGUUUCCAGGCCAGGACUCUUUCAAAGGGGAAGCAAUUCAUUCUGUAGACUUUAAUGAUGCUCUGUCUAAUGGUAUGGUAGGAAAACGUGUGUUAGUGGUCGGUAUUGGGAACAGUGCUGUCGAUGCUGCCGUUAACUGUGCUUCGGUUGGCAGGUGUAAAGCUGUGUACAUCAGUUCCAGGUCUGGAGCUUGGGUCUUUUCUAACUACGUCUUAGGCUAUCCGGCAGACCUAUAUGCCUGUAGAGUCUUUCUUAGGUUACCAUGGAAAUUUGCCACUUACAUCUUAGAGACUGUCAUCAAAUUGAUUUCAGGAAAUCCAAAAAGGUGGAACUUAAACCCAAAGAUGCAUGCUCUCCAGACGCAGCCAACUGUCAGCCCCACACUCAUACAUCACAUACAGCGACAUGAAGUCAAGGUCGUCCCAAAUAUACAGAGAAUAGAAAACAAAGAAGUCUUCUUUAUGAAUGGAGAGCAUGCUGAAUUUGACCAUAUUAUCUACUGUACAGGGUACAAGGUUGACCUUCCUUUCCUCAGUGAUGACCUACAGAACAUGGUACUGGACAGAGAUACUAAUGCUGUAAAGCUCUACAAGAGUGUGUUCAGCCCUGAGAUUGGUCCAACUCUAGCUUUUGUUGGAUUUGUCCAGCCAGCAUCCGGAGGUGUGCUGUCCAUGUCAGAGAUACAGGCACGCUGGUUUGCCGAGUUAUGUAAAGGAACGAUCAAACUUCCGUCCAAGUCUGAAAUGAUGGGCAGCAUGAAGUCGGAACAGGAAGAAGUAUCAAGUCGUUACUACAACUCACCCAGACACACACUGCAGAGGGACCCAGUCAUCUACAAUGAUGAAAUUGCUGGAUUUAUCGGUGCAAAACCAAGUUUUUUGAAAAAUCCAAGUCUAAUUUGGAAUUUGCUGUGGGGCAGCUGUGGAGCCUAUCAGUGGCGGCUACAAGGUCCUCACUCAUGGAGCGGAGCCACUAAGGCCGUUAAGAAGGUUCCGAUCACUGACCUUAUGAACGUCUUUGGCAUGAUCUUAAUCGGGAUUAUAUCAAUCUUACUGUACAAAAUGUUCUUCUCUUCAGGAUGCUGUUCACACUAAAUUUCCAAAAUUUACUGCCAAUACAAGUUUUAAAAUGUUUCAGGUUCAAAGAUAAACAUUGUUUCCAAAUGAUAUUUAAUGUUCAAUUACUAAAACCAAUAAACAGAAAUUGGAAAAUAUGAUGCAGAUAAGUACAUACUGACAUAUAGAUUGUAUUGUUCCAAGACACUAUGCAAAUUAUUUUCAAUAUAUAUGAUUUGCAGGAGGCGGUUUUUUAAUGUUAUAAUUUGGGUGAAUUGGAUUGUCAGAAAGUUUUAAAUCAAUACUUAAUUGUUUAAAGUUCUGUGCGAACAUUUUUUUGUUCCAUUUCCUUCAGGCGUAUUUAAUAUGUAUUUAAUUGUGCUGUUUUUAUGACAGUAAUUGUUAUGUUGUCAUGUUGUACGCAUGCUGAGCUAUUGUGGAGUAGUACCACUAUUGUUUUUGUUAAGACAGACAAUUUCUUCAUAUACAUUCAAUUUUAUUCUGUACUAGGCAUUUUACAUGGGUGAUGUAAAUACCUUGGCAUGGCUGUGUAUUACUGGAGAGGCUGUAACAUCAGUUUGGUUUUGUAAAUUAGAUUACAUGUGAAUGUAGAUGGGAGAGAAAGAUCGACACACUAUGAUGAUUUAUCUAUACAAAUUCCUAGUCAAUACAGAUGCUGCCCAUAUUUACAAGCAGUGGCCAAGGUCGGCAUAGCCAUUCAACCUGUGAUAUUUGUGAUAUAUAUAUUGAGGGUUGUAUUCUGAUCAGACUGAGUAGAAGUAAACUGAAUUUCUGCAAUUGUUUAAAAUGAAUUUAAUUGAAUCAUAACUGUGAUAGUUCUGUAAAAUCAUAUAGAACCAGGGUGCUAAUUUUUUUACAGUUUUUCCAAAAAAAAGAAAAAAAAACUCCCAAAAUUAUGUAGACAUUUGAUUUGGUGGGUAAAUAAGCCUAAACUUAAUUUUAAAAGUUCAUGGACAUAUGAAGUGUAUCCACAAAAUCAAUGAAAAUAAAUCACCCACAAAAAUAACUGAUUACACAGUAAAAGUAUUGUAAUGGAUGACAGAACUUUCUUUACAGAUAUGGUGAUACAAAGUGACCCUGACUAUUUGGUGUUGAUUUAUAGAGAGUACGUCGUCCAGUCUCUUUAAACAUAAAUAGCAUUUUGGCGAGGGAAAUGACUAAAGUGGCAAGCUGCUUUAAAAAUUGGUCCUGCUCUUCUGAAUCAAGAUACAGCUAAUUUCUCAAAGACACUUGCUAUGUAGUCUAUUUAUUCUACAACAUUUGUUAAAAGAUUAAGAAUUAAGACUGUCAACACCUUGACAAAUAAAAUACGUAAUUUGACAAUUAUUUAAGUUUUAAAGUAAUAUCUAAAUAAAUGUAAUAGUUAUUUUGAAAAAUUUUAUGAACUGCGAAGCAAUUCUGAUAUAGGUAGAAAUUGAAGUAUAACUAUAUGAAUGAUGAAGUUGAAAACUUUCAUAAAUCUGUGAUCAAUAUUGUACACUGAUAAAAUAUUAUUGAUGUUUAUGUCUGUUGAGAUGAAAACAUUGAUGUUGAGUCUUCUGUUUUAAUGAUAUC